AUGGCUGAGAAUCGCCUCUCCAAGAAAGAGGGCGUGGUCGAAUCAUCGCACCAAGAAGACCCCGAAGGCGUCAGGGUUGAAAUCGUCCAAGGAUCUGUGGCGCUGGAUAUAGCCAGGCGAACCAAUCCCCCAAAGCCAUGGAGCCGCCAAAUGAGGAAGUUAUAUCUGUUUCUAACCGUGGCUUACCUCUGCUCAGCCUUGAAUGGGUUCGAUGGUUCACUCAUGGGAGCUUUACUUCCUAUUCCGCAAUUCCAAGAAACUUUCGGUGCCGGUCUAGUCGGAUCCCAGGCAUCUUUGAUACAAGGAAUGUACACAAUCGGAGGUGUCAGUGCACUACCAUUUGUUGGCCCUUUUCUGGACAAUUUUGGCCGCCGCUUUGGUAUGUUCAUUGGAUCUGCUGCUGUCAUUCUCGGGACUAUAUUGGGUGGUACUGCGAAUCACAUGGACCAACUGCUCGCAAGUCGAUUUUUCCUCGGAUGGGGAUACUCCUUAGCCUCUUCUGCCGCACCGGCCUACGUUGUGGAGAUUAGCCACCCCGCAUACCGAGAUCUGUUAACAGGGCUGUAUAAUUGCCAAUACUUUGUGGGGGCCAUCGCUGCUGCAGGUGCCUGCCGUGGAUGCCUUCAUUUGCCUAGCUCUCUAGCGUGGCGCAUUCCCAUUUGGUGUCAGUUGAUAUCAUCCAGCAUUGUCUUGUUAUUCGUUUGGUUCCUCCCCGAAUCGCCCCGCUGGCUAUAUAGCCACGGUCGCCAAGAGGAAGCUUGGGACGUCAUAACCGCCUAUCAUGGCGAGGGAGAUCGAGAUAAUGCCUAUGUCAUCUUACAGAUUCGAGAUUAUGAGGAGGCAAUCGACCUCGAAGGGUCAGACAAACGGGCCUGGGAUUUCCGGGAGCUGGUAAAUUCGAAACCCGCAAGAUGGCGCCUUCUGUGUGUAGCAAUUGCUGCAUUUUUCAGCCAGUGGUCGCAAGCAGGAGUCACAACUUAUUACAUCGGCGGUCUUUUGGCCACUGCAGGAGUUACUGACACCACAAAAGUACUAGAUGUCAAUCUUGGCAAUACGGUUUUAUCUGCCGCGGGUGCCUACUUGGGAAGUUUCUUAGGCCCAAAGAUCCGACGAAGACCUAUGAUGAUUGGCGCGUGUCUUGCAUGCAGUGUUUGCUUUGCCGGUUUCUCUGCCACGGCUGCAGUGUAUACAAGUUCGCACCAACAGGGGGCCGCUACAGCCUCUAUUGUGAUUAUCUUCCUCGUCGGCUUUUGUUUCAGUUUUGGCUGGACCCCCCUUCAGGCCAUGUACCCUGUUGAGUGCCUUUCUUACGAAACUCGCGCUAAAGGAAUGGCCACAUACUCUGUUUUAACAAAUAUUGCAUUGCUUGUGAAUCAGUUUGGGAUCGGAAAUGCAAUCAGCGUUAUUGGCUGGCAUACCUACAUAAUCUUGGCCGGUUGGAAUAUUGUACAGGCUUUGGUUAUCUAUUUCUUCGCCGUCGAAACAAACAAGCAAACACUUGAGCAGCUUUCAGACAUAUUCGGGGCCUCAAACCCCCGGAUCGCAAGUACGGAAGCACGGAAGAUCGUUGUCUCGGAGAGAACGAAUCAAGUGACAUUGGCAAAAGAUGACGAGAUUAUCUGA